GAUAUAUAAAACUAUUUCCACUCAAAACCAAUAGUAACCAAUUCAACACAUUUUCACACAAAAGAAACAAUGAAAACUCUAAUUUUUGCAUCAAACCCAUCUCUCCAUUUCUCAAAACAAAAAACAUUUCCAACUUUUCACCCCAAAGGAUUCUCCAACAUUCCACUAACCACAUUGAAGACACAAGCAAGUGCCAAAGGCUUCUCCAACACAAGACCAACAUCAUCAACAAAUAAAACUAAGGAUGAUGCCAUUACUAUGAAGAAGAAUCCCAAAAACAAUAAUGAUGAUGAAGAUGAGAUUUCUAAGGUAGUUAUGUAUAGAAUAAUAGGUAGAAUAUUGUUUAGUGUUUUAGUUCCAAUGGGAAUAGGAUUAGGAUUUUUGCAUCUUUAUGGUGAGUUAAAGGAUAGAGGAAUUAAUGCUCCAUUAUGGAUACCAUUUAUGACAACUCUUAUAACAUUUGGAGCUUCUUCACUUGGAAUUGCAUAUGGUGUAUUGUCUACUAGUUUGGAUGAAGAGAGAGAAGGUUCUUUGCUUGGAUUUCAAGAGCUUGAAAAAAAUUGGGUUGAAAUGUGGCAACAAGAAGGAGUAAGUGAUGAUUAAUCAAAUUUAUACCAUUAUUAUUAGUAUUAUAAAUAUUAUUGUCAUAUUAGGUGAAUAGUUCUUAUUAUAAUUUUUUUAAUAACCAAAUGUAUUUGAUUUUCAUCUAUAUGUAUAUUUGUUCAGAUUAUUAUUUAAUCAAUGAAUUUAAAAAAUAAUUGUUUUAUGA